CCCGUACGAGUAUUGACACGUAGAUAUGACUUAACGAGGUUAAUGAUACUUUAGAUAGCAUUAAUAACAAUAGAUAAAUAGUUAUUUUUUUUAUUUAAAUGCAAUUCAAUACAUUGUUUAUAACGUACCAAACUGUGUCUGAAGUGUAGCUAUCAUAAUGAGUUUUAAAGAUAAAGUUGUAUUCAUUAGUGGUGCAAGUUCAGGAAUUGGAGCAACUACUGCUAUCGAAUUUACAAAAGAAGGUGCAAACGUUGUGAUUAAUGGAAGAAACGAAACUAAAUUAAAUAAAGUUUCACAACAAUGUGAAGAACAUGGAAAAAAACCUUUAAUUAUAAAAGCUGAUAUAUCAAAAGAUGAUGAAGCAAAAGCAGCUAUUGAUGAAACGAUUAAACGAUUUGGAAGGCUGGAUAUUCUUGUAAACAAUGCAGGGUUUACGAAACCUGGAAGCAUACUUGAUGGGAAUUUAUUAAAAAGUUACGAUGAAGUGAUGGGUACAAAUGUACGAGCGGCAUUGCAUUUAACAGCAUUGGCUGCACCAUAUUUAAUCAAAACAAAAGGUAAUAUAGUAAAUGUAUCCAGUGUAUCUGGAAGUUCGAUGCCAGUGAAGCCACAAUUAAUUUCUUACUGCGUUUCUAAAGCAGCUUUAGAUCAUUUUAACCGUUGUGCUGCAUUAGAAUUAUCUGAAUAUGGUGUUCGUGUUAACGCUGUUAGUCCUGGACCAGUUAUAACUGAUUUUAGAAGAAAUGCUGGAGUAGGGGAAGAUAUUACUGAACGGGAAAAUCUUACAGCCUUGAAGAGAAUAUCUGAAUCAAUUGAAAUUGCCGAUUUGAUUUUGUUUUUAGCCAGUGAUAAAGCUAAAGGUGUUACUGGUUCUAAUUAUGUGUCCGACAAUGGCUGUCUAAUUAAAUAACAGUAAUAUUGUCUUAAAUAAGAAAAAUGUAUUAAUUAGUGUAUUAAAUUGUUACUAUGUAUACGUACGUACAAUUAUAAUAUUUCUGCAACACUUGGAGUUUUCGUAUCCUUUUUUUAACUUUAACUUUUUCUAAACUGUACCAACAAUAUUGAAUCUUAAGAUAGAUUUUAAAAGGACUAAUUACUUGGAUGGAUGGAUGGAUGUUAACCACGUAAUUCCAAAAUAGCUGAACGUAUCUGGUUAAAAUUUGGAACAGACAUAAAUUUACA